AUUCGUUUAUUUAUAUUAUAAUCUGAGCACAUACUUGCGCUCUAUCUAGGCGAUAAGUGUCUUAUCUACAAUCGCGUCAGCUUACGACAUCAUUACAUAUCUAAGAUAGUAUAUAUAUUUAAAAAAUAAAACAGUAAGAGCACUUGUUUUGUGUUUAAAAUGAUUCUUCAAGUUAUAUUUAUAGUGUUUUUAUUUUUGUUAUUUCUUAAAUUAUAUCAGAAAAUAACAUGUGGUGUAUGCAAAUCGAGUGUUCAUAUGAUGGGAAAAGUUGUUAUUGUGACCGGUGGAAACUGCGGCAUUGGCUUCGAGACAGCGAAGAACUUAGCCGAGCGGGGAGCACGAGUUAUUAUCGCCUGUCGCAGCGUUGCACGAGGAGAAAAAGCAGUUAAUGAAAUCAUAGCAGCAACUGGAAAUAAAAACGUACUUCACAGACAGCUUGAUUUUUCCACAUUCAGAUCCAUACGCGAGUUUUGUGAUUAUAUAUAUAAAACAGAAGAGCGUGUUGAUGUCCUUAUCAACAACGCGGGCGCCGGAGGGCUUGGCAACAAGAAGACUGAAGAUGGGAAUCACGUUGGAAUGCAGGUCAAUUAUUACGGUCCUUUCCUUUUGACUAAUCUUAUGCUGCCGUUAUUAAAAAAAUCGGCGCCGAGUCGAAUAAUAAAUGUAUCAUCGAUGGCACACAAAUACGCUGAAAUGGAUUUCGAAAAUUUAAACAUGGAAAAAUAUUGGAGUGAUUAUCUAGUUUAUGCUAACAGCAAAUUAUUUUUGAAUUUAAUGACGCUGGAAUUAAGUAAAAGGUUGGAAGGGACUGGUGUUACAGUAAAUUGUUUACAUCCAGGCGCUGCGCCUACCAAUAUAUUUAGAAACAUUAAAACUAAGUUUAUUCGUAACAUAGUGAUGAUGGUUUUAGAGAUCCUAUUUAAAUCUGUUUGGGAAGCCGCACAAACUUCCAUAUAUCUGGCUGUAUCGCCGGAAGUAAAUGAUGUAAGUGGUCGCUACUUCGUAGAUUGUAAAGAGAAGAAACCCUCUAAACUGUCGCAGGACGGAGAAAUCGCUAAGAAAUUAUGGAUCGAAACAGAAAAGCUAGUAAAAUAGUGUUUCAUAGUAAAAAAUAUUUUAUUCAUAGUUUGGCUAUUUAUUGUUAUUAUUGUUGAUUAUUAAAAACUUUCUUGAUUAAUCAAGGAGGUUUUAUAAUUACCACAGACUUGAACACAUUAUAUAUAGUUAAAAUUUUACCUUGUUUUUUUGUUAUAUUUUGGGCAAACUUAGAACUUUGAAUGUUUAUUAUAGAUUCAUCAAGUUGUUAUUAAUUUUAAAAGUUUAAGUCACCAUUGGGUAUAAAGAGCUUCCCUAGCUUCUAUAAGUUUUUAUUUGUCUUUGAAAAUUUUGCGAAAAUCGUUUCAGCUGUUUGCAAGACAAACAGACAAAUAUAAUUGGUAACUUUGGGUCUUUUGUUUUAGAAAAUUGUUAUAUUAUCUUGUGGUAUUAUUUAUGUGAAACCAUAAGGUUUUGUAUCUGAAUUAUGUACAUUGUUACAGUUAAAUUGCACGAGCAUUUUUAGAAGUGUAAAUAUUGUUUCCUUAAUUUAUAAACUAUUUACUGUACCUACUACAUUUAGCAUAUUAAUUAUUCUCAUUACAUUUAAUUGGAAUUUCUUAUCUUAAUAGCUGCUGUCAAUUACGCUGUUUUAUUGGUGCGUUUAGUUCCACGUUCUUCGCUAUUCAAGAAUCUUAAAAAUAUUUUAAUUAACUCAGACAAUUUACGAGUAUGCUCUGCUCGCAUUCAUAAUGUCUAUUUUUCAUCUUAUCAGUAAUUGCUCUCACAAUUUUCCAAUCAACCAGAAAAUGCUACAGUUAAUUUAAUAGUAAUUUAAGAGUGUUAUUAUAGGACUUUGUGGGUAUUAUUUUAAGAGCUUUUGUAAAUCAUGACAAUGAAUUUUUAUGUUCUAAUUAUAGUAGAAAACAUUAUCAACACCUGUUGUGUAUUUUUUCUAUUGUAUUAUUCAUAAUCAGUGAUAUUUUUUGUAUGUAAAAGAUUAUUUCGACGAUAAUAUGAUAAUUUGACUCAAUUUUAAUGAAUAUAGAUGUCUACGUAUAUGUUAUAAAUUUUAUCGUUUUUUACUAUGUCAGUUUUAUUUGAAAAUGUUUUUAACAUAACGAUGUCGGAAAUCAUUAAAUAUGCUUAUAAUUUAAAUAAGCAUAUUAUAUGAUUUUGACAUACUUAUAAAAUAAUGUUUACCGAAUAUGUUGUCAUGCCAUGUCAGAAUAAUAUUGAAAUUAUACCCGUAACUGAUA